AUAAGUGAACAUUUGAACAAAAAUACGAAGUGUAAUCGCAUUGAUUGAAAAUAGAAAAUUGAUGAUCAGUUUCAUUAGAGUUAGCUGCUUGAGUGUAUACUGAACAUAUUCUGAAACUUGAGAAAAAAUAAUUAAGAAUUUUAAAUCAAACUAAGCAUCGCAACAAAAAAAAAGAACAAAAAAUAUUGAAAAUAUUAUAUAGCAAAAAAGUGCUUGAAUUGAAAUCUUAAACAGUUUUAAACUUUAAAAAUAAAAAAAUUAAAAAAAUAUUGAAGAUUCUGCAUAGACAUUCAGAAUAAAGUAAUAUGAAUAACUUCUGAUAGUUAAAGCACAACAGUCAACAACAGUAAACAAAUCAAAGUAUCCAUUUCUUGUAAUCAACCACCACUCGCGCUUAACCCUCCUUGAGCAUCACACAAAAAUGCCUUCCACCACUUUAGUCAAACAGGACAGUCUCGCGUUGAUGAUCGACGAGGAGCUCGCCAUGCAGCUGGCCGAGUCACAGGCCGAUAAGGGCGAAGAUGUGCUCGUCAAUCGUUUGGAGGAUAUUAGCGUGCACUUGAAACAAUUAAAUCAUCUCAAUCAGUAUAUGCAAAUAACUGAAGAACUGAAUGAAUACAAGAAGAAUGAAGCAGGACCAUCUACGUCAAGGGGUUGCCCUAUGCAGCGCCCCAUUCGUUUGAAGAAUAUCGAGGGCAAACCGGAAGUGUACGACAAAUUGCAUCUGAAGGGACAAGAGAAUCUGUCUUGCUCGAAAUCGACAUGUAUGAGCAGUGUUAUGGGCUUCUACACAGCCUCGUUGGAGUCGCGCAAACAAGAAGAAGUGCUCGAUCAAGCGAGGGACUUUCUGGAACAAUAUUUCACUUCCAUGAAAAAGGCAUCCAGUCCACGUCAUGAAGCGCGCUGGAAGGAAGUGCAACAGAGCAUCGAAGCCACAGGCGAAUAUCAGUUAACCGAAGCUGAGUUAACCUUCGGCGCCAAGGCGGCCUGGCGCAAUGCUUCACGUUGUAUUGGGCGUAUUCAGUGGUCCAAAUUGAAGGUAUUCGAUUGUCGUCAUGUAACCACCACAAGGGGCAUGUUCGAGGUCUUGUGCAAUCACAUUAAAUACGGCACAAACAAGGGUAAUAUUCGUUCAGCCAUUACGAUUUUCCCUCAGCGCACCGAUGGUCUCCAUGAUUAUCGCAUCUGGAAUAGUCAGCUGAUUUCCUAUGCCGGCUACAGACAGAGUGACGGCACAAUUAUUGGUGAUCCAAUAAAUGCUGAGUUCACUGAUGUCUGCUUGAAAUUGGGUUGGAAGAGCAAAGGCACAGAGUGGGACAUUCUUCCAUUGGUGGUCUCUGCCAAUGGCGAAGAUCCUGAACUAUUCGAAUAUCCACCUGAUUUGAUAUUGGAGGUGCCCUUCUCGCAUCCAAAGUAUGAGUGGUUCGCCGAACUUGCGCUGCGCUGGUACGCUUUGCCUGCUGUCUCGUCGAUGAUGUUCGAUGUGGGUGGCAUUCAAUUUACCGCAACCGCAUUCAGCGGUUGGUAUAUGUCCACCGAAAUCGGUUGCCGCAAUUUGUGUGAUACAAAUCGACGAAAUGUAUUGGAGACCGUUGCCACUAAAAUGGAAUUGGACACGCGCACCACUUCGUCUCUGUGGAAGGACAAAGCAUUGGUUGAAGUCAAUUUGGCUGUCUUGCACUCUUUCCAAAGCCGAAAUAUCACUAUUUUGGAUCACCACACGGCCAGUGAGAAUUUCAUGAAACAUUUUGAGAAUGAGUCGAAAACACGCAAUGGCUGCCCGGCUGAUUGGAUUUGGAUUGUACCCCCACUCUCCGGUUCGGUGACGCCCGUCUAUCAUCAAGAAUUCGCCCUCUACUAUCUGAGGCCUUCGUUCGAUUAUCAACAUCCUGCCUGGAAGGUGCACGUAUGGGAAAAGGAACGUGGUGAAAUCAAGCCGAGACGUAAAUUCAACUUUAAGCAGAUUGCAAGAGCCGUUAUGUUCACUUCGUUUUUGUAUUUGCGCGCUCUGUCGAAACGUAUUAAGGCUACAGUUCUCUAUGCCACUGAGACGGGUAAAUCGGAGCAGUAUGCAAAGCAACUGGCGGAGUUGAUGGGACAUGCCUUCAAUACACAUACCUACUGCAUGUCCGACUACGAUAUCUCCAAUAUCGAACAUGAAUCACUUUUGUUUGUGGUGGCUUCCACAUUCGGUAACGGCGAUCCACCAGAAAAUGGCGAGCUCUUCUCUCAAGAUUUGUAUGACCUACAUGAAAAUGCGGAAAUUACCAAGGAUAGCAGCGUGGAUAUCUUUUCGCCUAAGUUCCAACGCCUAAAUAUUGAUGAUAUUCAAAAAUCCGAGCCGUUGCGCAAAUUGAACUUCGCCGUUUUUGCGCUGGGUUCCACCACUUACCCGAACUUCUGCGCUUUCGGCAUCUAUCUGGACAGAAUUCUCGGUGAACUUGGCGGCGAGCGGCUGUUCGAGGUCACCUGUGGCGAUGAAAUGUGUGGCCAAGAGCAAACAUUCCGCAAAUGGGCGCCUGAAGUAUUCAAAUCCGCUUGCCAAACAUUCGAUUUGGACUAUGCAGAAGGUUUAUCGGACGCAUUCCAAGAUGACACGCUCACUGCCAGUACCGUGCGUAUGGUGCCCUCACAACGCGAGGGCACCGUCGAUCAGCUGCUUUCAAAAUACCACAAUAAGAAGGUGCAACGCUACAAGAUCAAGUCGGCGCCACGCAAUCUCACCAAACUGGCUGAAAAUGAAAAUCCUACCAUUUUGGUGGAAAUCUAUGCGCCCGGUUUGGAUUAUGAGCCAGGUGAUCAUGUGGGCAUCUUCCCGGCCAAUCGCACAGAUAUUGUUAAUGGCGUUUUGAAGCGCUUAACCGGUUUCGAGGAUCCCGAUGAAGUGCUGCAAGUGCAAGUGAUGAGGAAGAAGAAGACACCCAACGGCACCUUCAACUGCUGGGAACCACAUGACAAGAUCCCCGCCGAAACGCCACGUGCACUCUUGACACAUUUCUUUGACAUUAACACGCCACCACAGCAGGAGCUAUUGAAUUUACUGGCUGAUUUCUGUGACGACAACUACGAUGCGGAGCGUCUGCAGAAGCUGGGCACAGAUAGUGCUGCCUAUGAGGAAUGGCGCCAAUUGCAUUUGCCUACAUUGCUCACCGUGUUGGAACAAUUCCGUUCAUGCAAGCCGCCUGCAGGUUUGCUCUUCGGCAACCUCAUGCCUUUACAAUCGCGUUUCUAUUCCAUCUCCUCGUCGCCACGCAAGGUCAUUAACGAAAUCCAUUUGACUGUGGCCAUUGUCAAGUAUAAGAAUCAACGCGGUAAUGAACGUUUUGGUGUUAGCUCGAAUUAUUUGGCCAACAUGAAAGAGCAGGAGUCACUAUACUUCUUCGUACGCAGCGCGCCCGGUUUCCAUUUGCCUAAGGACUCAGCGGAGCCGAUGGUGCUCAUCGGACCUGGCACGGGCAUUGCGCCUUUCCGCUCUUUCUGGCAAGAGUUGGAGGUGUGGCGCGAAUUGAAAAUGCAACGCUCAAAGGUGUGGCUCUUCUUCGGUUGUCGUACGCGUGAAAUGGACUUGUACGCUGAGGAAAAGGCGCUGUUGGAGCGUGAGAAGAUCUUGGAUCGCGUAUUUCUUGCUCUGUCGCGUGAAAUUGAGAUACCAAAGACCUACGUACAGCAUCAAAUUGAAAAUGAAUUUGAUUCUCUUUACCAACUGAUUGUCGAGGAGCGAGGACACAUUUACGUGUGCGGUGAUGUGACAAUGGCUGAGGAUGUCUACGAGACAAUUAGGAAAUGCAUUGCUAAGAAAGAACAAAAAAGCGAGGCAGAAGUGGAGGCGUUCCUAUUGACAUUGAGACACGAAAAUCGCUACCACGAAGAUAUAUUCGGUAUUACCUCACAUGCAGGUGAAGCACGAAAUAAGUCAACACUGCGGCGCGGCUCGCGAACGCUGAAUGCGUUGUAAGCUAAUUUUCCACCAAGAAAAAGACUGCAGACUUGAAUUUGUAAUCGAAGAAAAUUUACAAAAAAACAUUUACAUAUAUUUUAAAAAAUAA